CCAGCUCGUCGUGGAGGAGCACCAUCGACUGUCGUGCAUAUACUGUACAAGAUCCGGAAUUCACAGCUACGCGCGCCAAGUUAGCACACCAGUCGCCAACCUUUUCCUCAACUCGAAGGUCACAAUGACGGUCACCAUCACGCACUGCAUUUUUGAUAUGGACGGGCUACUGCUGGAUACGGAGCGAAUCUACACGGAAGCAACGCAGAAAGUGUUAGACGAGUGUGUGCCGGGCACCCGCUUUACGUGGGAGUUGAAGAGUCAGCUGAUGGGACGGACGGCAGUUGAGUCAGCACAAAUCGUAGUAGAGGCCCUGAACCUCCCCCUCACGGUGGACGAGUACAUCAACACCCUCACAGAGAAGCAAGCCAAAAUGUGGUCCUCAUGCGAGGUCCUCCCCGGCGUAGCCUCCCUAAUCAAGCAUCUCAAAGCGCACAACAUCCCCAUCGCUGUCGCCACCUCCUCCACGCGCGCGAAAUACGAGCUGAAAACCGCUCGCCACCAGGAGCUCUUCGCCCUCUUCGACAGCGUGACGUGCGGCGACGACGGGGAUGUCGCUCGCGGCAAGCCGGCUCCGGACAUUUUCCUGACCGCUAAGCGGAAGAUUGGCGACCCGCCGUCCGAGAAGUGUUUGGUUUUUGAGGACGCUUGGGCCGGGGUCGAGGCGGCAAGGACCGCCGGGAUGCAUGUGGUGUGGAUUCCGGAUCCGAAUAUGUUGAAGAUCUAUGAAGAUGGUAAAAAGGUGGAGAGUGCUCAGGAGGGAGAAGUGGUUGAGCCUACUGAGGUGAUGGUGACGAUGGCGGCGUUUGACCCUGUGAAGUUUGCAUUGCCUCCUUUCAUCAAAACUUGAGGAUUUCUUGUCGUUGUAGACUGCAUAUUUCAGUUAGAACUGAUCCCUGACGCUCGUUGAUAUGUAUUUCUCCAUCUUAAAUAUUGACUAUCCAAGCCUG